ACGUUUUCAGGUUUUUCGGCUCUGAAAAAAAUUUAAAUUUUGGUAGUGUAAAGAUCUGAUAAAAAAAUUCUUGUUAAUUAGAAAGUAUUUUUCAUUCGAGAUAAAAAAAAGCAACAGAAUGAUGUUCGUGGAGUCCUUUCGAAAUAUUCAGAAAAAGAAGGAACUACCUCUCCAAAAUAGGAUUCUGAACGCUUUGUUUUCCAGCAUCGAUGAAGAGGUUGAUCCACCGGAAAGCUGUAAAGGAUCGAUUGGAAUUUGCGGUAAACAAUAUUUGGACAUUCAUGCUCAAGAACCAUGGCCGCAACUAAUAAAACUGUACCAGCCCUAUGAAGUUGAGCAAAUUCUUUUGCCAGACAAUGCAAACUGCCUCGCUGUUCAAGCGUACCUCAAAAUGUGCAAUUUGGAAUUCCAAAUAGAGCCACGAAGUAACGCGGAAUACAUGUCGCCAUCAGGACGUGUUCCCUUUAUCCAAUGUGGGGCGUUUGUAGUUUCUGAUUUUGAUGGCAUAGUUAAUUUUGUAAACACGAAAGGAACAAGCUUGUCGGAAGAGUUGAAAGCAACCGAUAAAGCAGACAUGAGGGCUUACAUUUCGUUGGUAAAUAACGUUCUAGUAAAUGCCGAACAGUAUAUUUGUUGGUGUGACACAGCUACCUUGAGUAAUAUCACCAAACCAAGGUAUGGAAGCGUUUAUCCCUGGCCCUUGAAUCAUAUCCUGAGCUGGCAGAAACAGAGCCAGGUGACUAAGAAACUCAAGGUUUUGGGCUGGCACAAUAAAACCCUGUCGGAAGUUCUGAGCGAGGUCAAACAUUGCUGCGAUGCAUUGUCCGAACGACUGGAAAACAAGCCCUAUUUCUUCGGAGAGAGUCCAACAGAAUUAGAUGCCUUAGUUUACGGUCACGUGAAAGCCCUCACCGCCGCCAAACUCCUUUCCUCGACUGACUGCAUUGCUAACAUGAUCAACCAAUUCCCUCUAAUCAUCGAACACUCGCAAUUAAUCCAUUCUCGAUUCCUCAAACUCGACAUAAAAUCGAGUACCGAAGAUUUCGAAGUCAUCGAUACAGUUUCCGAAGAUUCCUGGCAAUUCAAUGAAUCCUCCGAAUCCAUCUCACCUCUUCCCGAAGAUCCUGCUCCACUAUUUUCUAAUUAAGGUCAUGUAAUUUAAUUAAUUAAUUAAUUUUAAAAAAAUCCAAUUUACGUCUAUAUUAAGGUCAUAAGGAAACGCUUUGCAGGUUUUUUUUUACUCUAGAGAUCAAUGACAUUUUUUGUAAGGUUCCCGGACAAAUAAAUUCCAUGUUUUGUAAUUAACAUGGGAUUUUAAAUAGGAAAAACAAAUACUUGUUAUCAAUUUUUCGUUAAUUGAAUUUUAGUCAUUUCUUUAUAAAUACUCAAGAAAUAAUUGGCAAUCCAUAAUUUUUAAAUCCCAAUUCUUUUUUACUCGGUCCGAGAAAUGCCCCGAAAAAUUCAAAAUACCAGUUUCAUAGAACCAUUUAUAUUGGUUUUAAUUUUUUUUUUAAAUCAUGAAAAGUUUGUAUUUUCUUAAAUUAAUGAUACACUCAAUAAAUUUUAGGAAUAUUUUUUGUUGAAUACGUUCUAUUAUUGUUCAAUCAAUUUUCAUUUGUUCAAAUUUUUCCUACCAAAUAAAUCAUUUAAUUCUAACUUUUUAUUAGGAAGUUGGAGAAAAUCUAGUUUUUUAAUCACUCUUCAAACAAAAAAAUUAACAAAUAGAAAUAGCUUAAACAAUUAGAAAAUGUCUUCAACAAAAAAUAUUACUCCUAACAAUCAUCAUUUAUUAGGAAAACAAAAAUUGAAGCAAAUAUAAAUUUUUGAAGUAAUUGAGAAAAAUAAAUCAUUAAAAAUAUUAUUCUUAAAAUUCACUUUAAAAAAUACAAA